AUGAAGACAAAAAAAUCUAAUACUACUGGUAUGGCAACCGAUGAACAGUAUAUCUCUAAAAUACCAUGGAUCCCUCAUAUGGAUUUUUUAAAAAUACUGAUGGUUAUGCCAGAGAAAACACAGAAAAUUUGACACCCAACACUGCUUCACAGGGUUCAGCUUCAGGAUCCAGUAAUGAUGAGUUUACCAUACCA